ACACACACACACACACACUCAGAGUGAGCUCAGGCACUGCUAAACCCAUACUGAACACACAGGCAUCAUGUCUUCCAACAGCGAUAAACAGACCCCCUCUGAGACCGACGGCAAGACCAAGAAGUCUGACAUGGGCAUGGGCAUGAUGGCAUACAAGAUGUACGUGUUUGACCAGGAGAACUUCCAGGGCCGCAUGAUCGAGAUCAACGCCGAGUGCAUGAACGUGUGUGCGAUGGGCAUGGACAAGGUCCGCUCGCUUCGUGUGGAGUGUGGCCCUUUUGUAGGUUGGGAGCAGAUGAACUUCUGUGGAGAGAUGUACAUCCUAGAGAAGGGUGACUACCCGCGAUGGGACUCCUGGAGCAACUGCCAGAGGAAUGACUACCUGCUGUCUUUUAGACCCGUCAGAAUGGACCCUGAGAAACACAAGAUCUGCCUGUAUGAGGUAGGAGACUACAAGGGUCGUAAGAUGGAGAUCAUGGACGAUGACGUGCCCAGUCUGUACUCCUACGGAUUCACCGACAGAGUAGGGAGCAUCUUGGUCGGCUGUGGAACCUGGGUGGGCUACCAGUACCCCGGCUACCGUGGCAGCCAGUACCUGCUGGAGAAGGGCGACUAUAGACACUUUAAUGAGUAUGGUGCUCGCUGGCCUCAGAUGCAAUCAAUCAGGCGCAUCCGUGACAUGCAGUGGCACCCACAUGGCUGCUACACCAUGGCCAGCAAGUGAGGGCCAGGCUUGGAGCGGAAGAGACGAAGCGGAGGAGAAACAGAGGGCUGCCGGAGGAUGGAGAGGAAGAGAGAUGUCUCAGGACACUGUGACCCCCCAGGAAAAUAUUCUCGAUGCAACUAGACGGAAAGUUAGAGACUCUCACGGUCAUAUUUUGACUCGUAGUGGAGUUUUUAAGCUCAUGAACUUCCACUUC